UCCCUUCUCUGUCUCACUCGCAGAUCUGAGUUAGGGUCACUGCAGUUGGGUGUUGCCACUCCCUUCUCCAGCUGGUAUCCCCAACGAUCCUCACUGAAGCCUCCUGACUAAACCUGCAAAUUUACACCUUCUGCUAAAGUUUUCCCAAAACAUCCAAAUGGACCAGCACAAGCUUCGCUCAGUAGGCGUCCAGGAGAAGUUGGAGAUCGUCGGGGUGGAAGAUGAGGCCGGCAACCCCAUCAGUGCCCUCACCAUCCUAUCUCUGCUGGAGCGCGUAGCCGGCAUCAUCGACAAUGUCCAGUCUUGCCAGCAGCGCAUGGAGGAGCAUCAGCUGGAGUUGGAGAACAACAUCAAAACCAUCCAGGGCGAUGUCCUGAAGCUGGCUAAGGACCACAGCGACACCAGCGGCACCGUGGAAAAGCUCCUGCAGAAGACCCGCAAAGUGAGCGCCAAUGUCAAGGAGGUCCGCAGUCGUGUUGAGAAGCAAAAUGUCAGAGUCAAGAAGGUGGAAUCAACGCAAGAUGAGCUGCUCACCCGCAACAAGUUCAGAGUUGUCAUCUACCAGGGUGAAACGGAGGUUCCAUCAGUGGCUGUCACCAAAUCGCCCAAAGGACUUGGCCUUGAAGGUUUGGAGAUUGAGCCCGAUGCCUACGACAUCCCUGCAGACCUCUCCUCUGAUGAAGAAUACCUGAGGGACGAGGAGCCUGAUCCCUCACGAGCUGCACGGAUCAAGAAAUCCAUGGUAAAGAGCACUGAGACCCUGAAGGCUGCCUUUUCCAAAGAAAACAUGAGCAAAACUAAAGACAACCUGGGCACCAAGUUCCACCACCUGGGCGAGAAGGUCAUGCCUCCAGAGAGGAGGGAGAAGAUGCACCAGGCAGGGGAGAGGCUGAAACAGUCCGGCGAGCGUCUGAAGGAGAACAUCGCCAAGAAGGCUCCGAACAAAGAGACCUUCCGAAUCAAGCUGAAGAAAGAGAGGGCCGUCGCUGAGGGCCAGGAGGGAGCCGAUGCAGAGGGAGAGCUGGCCGAUGCCAAAGAGGAGAAGCCUCAGAGCUCUACGGAAACUAAAAGGGAGGGACCAGUGGAGGAGACCGGUGCCACCAGAGUACCAGAAUAGCAGAAAACUUCUCUAAAUAGGAACCAGGACACUGGAGGAAGGAGCUUUGAGAUUUUAGAUGGUUGUUUCAAUGAGUAAAGUUCAAGAGGAAGGGGCAGAAUCUUAGAGAAAAAGUUAUGAAAUGUGUGAACUCAAGCAAUCAGAUGUUGGUUUUUUGUUUUUGUUAAACAUCUAAAACUGUGAGUAAUCAAGAUUGUGGUUUGGUGGGAAGUUUCUCAAUAAGCUGAAUUUAUCUGAAGGAAUUGGAGAACAGAUGCUGCAUUAUUGCAACAUGAUUGAAGGAAAAUUGAUGAGCUUGGAAAGAAUAAUGAAGGUUGGUGCUUGCAUAAAGGCCCUGUCACACCUUGAUGAUUUAGCCAGCAUAUGCCUGACAUACGAAAAAUCU